UUUUUAAUUAUAUGUUUAAAUUCUGUUUUAUUUAAAUUCUAUUUAAGCUCUUUUUUUUUGUUUUUUUUUUUUAUUUUUUUAUUUAUCCUUCUAAUGUUAAUGUUAAUUUAUAGGAAAAAUGUCUAGUUCAAAUUCUGCCAAUAACACACCAUCUGCCUUUGAUGCUGAAGAUGAUAAGCCACUGUGGAAAUAUGUGACUAGAUUAGAAAAAUCUGGUGCAAAGGGGGGGAAUUAUACUUUUCAAUGUAACUUUUGUCGGGUUACACGUAAAGGUUCAUACACUAGGGUAAAAGCCCAUUUGAUGCAAAUUAAAAAUCAGGGGAUAGAAGUGUGCCCAAAAGUAACAAGUAAGGAUAAAGCUGAUUUUGAGAGAGUAAUUGCAGAAGCAGAGUUGAAAUUGAAAAACUCUAGGUUGAAGAAAGUCCCAUUGCCUCCUCCUAGUUCAAGUGCAUCAUUAGGUUUAUGUUUUAAUGAACCAGAGGAGAUAUAUUUGAUUCAUUUGAUGAUGUUGGAAUGCUUGAGGUUGCAAAUCUGUCACUUGAUGAACCUGAGAUGGAGGUUGUGUUGUUUACAGAUGAUGGAGGUGCAAACGAAGAAAAAGGUGGUGAUGCUAAUGAUGAUGAAGACGUGCAAGAAAUUGGAUCUACUUGAAGUUUUGAAAGGCCUACUUCUUUUUUUCUUUUUCUUUUUUUUCUUCUUCUUUGUCUCUUAUUUAAUGUUUUUGUGAAGAAUAUUAUUGGAUGUUAGAUGUUGGAUGUUUUCCCCUUAUAUUUAAUGUUGGAUGUUGGAUGUUGAAUCUUUUGCCUCUCUUUUAUUUAUUGAAUUAAUGGUACUAUAUUAGUGUUUGUUAAUUUUGAUUUAGAAUGAAUGUAAUACGAAUCUACAUAACACAUAAAUAUAUAUAUAUAUAUAUAA